AGACAGACUGUUAUCAAUAUACAGGUGUACAUCAAAUAACACGCUGUCUCGUAGUUAAAAUACUGCACAUACAUAGCUGAAGGUGUCAGCGAACUGGCCUCAGCACCGCAUCCGUUUGAUAGGCAUAAACGGUUUCAAACAGCCAGUAUGAUGCGCUCCGCUGAAUAACAUGCAGGAGUAGGACCUUCUUGAUUGACGUUUAGCAGACACUGAGUGAGGUCUGAAGUACCAUGGUGCCAGAGCUUUUGGCUUUGGCUCUUAUCCUUGCCUACGUGCCUGCACGCAUUUGCGGCGAUGUGAUGUCAACGCUUACAUUGCAAGGUCGCCUGGUGGUCGUAGAUGUCGAUUACCAUGACUCUUCGGAACCGGCGGUUGACAAUGCUCGUUUUCGGGACACGCACUUCGUCUUGCGCGACAGCUCUGGCCACGUCUGGCCUCUGCAUUUCCCAGAUGGCAACAAACCUCCUCAGCGCUUUGGAUCGGGCGUCCAAGUUGAGGUGCAAGUCGCGACUAGCCAGGAUGCAGUUAGUGCUGCUGCUGCAGGUACCGUCGCCGAUCCUAGCAGCCAAGCCGGCGCUGGACAGGGCUCAGGCAAAGCAACACGGCGGCGCUUAUUAGAUUCAGCCGGCUCGAAGCCGCAUGUCACCGGCGACCUACGUCUGCGUGGUAGGCGGAUGGGUCCGUCAGGACCCUCUGCAACAAAGGUGCAACAGCACCAGCGACACACCGCUCGGACGUCCGAAACCGUGUUGCAUAGUGGCAGCCAUAAUAGAUCACGCACGGCUGCCAACUCGACGGGCCCUACUGCUCGUCAUAGGCUGCAGGAGGCGAUCACGCAUCAGGCACACCUUGCAACCGCCCCCAGGCGCAGCCUUACCGUGCUUGACUGGCGCUUGUUAGACCCGCAGCAGCCGGCCAGCAGUAGCAGCAGCUCAGUUGCUACGGCGGGGGUUGUAAAUGUACGGGAUGCUGAGCUGUCGUCCGAUGACAGCGUGUCUUUCUCGUACAACUCACAGCGGUUGGUAAUGGAUGACGUGUCAACAGUGAUCUUCAUCUUGGACAUGUGCGGCAAGGGGCCGGCGAUGAGCGUAGAGGAGUUGGAGGACGUGCUCUUUGACAGAGCAAACAACAAUCUCCAAUCGUACAUGUCAUCAUGUUCGUACGGCAGGACCCGGUUCAAUCGUGACAAUGUCCUCAUACUGGGCCCCGUCCCGCUAGACUGCAGUGGCACGACCUGGGACUACUACGGCUGGCGGACGGAUUCCUGCCAGGAGGGCGACUACUGGGGCUGGCAGUUUGCUGCGGAGGACUGGGCGGACCAGAACGGCAUUGACAUCAGCGCCUACCGGCACCGUGUGGUGGUCACCUCGGCGAACAAGCGGGAGUGGAUGGUGAACGGUGACGUGGACUGCUCCUGGACGGGGCUGGGCUCCAUCGGACCCGUCGAUAACUCGUCACACAACCUGGACCGAACGGUGGAGAGCCCACCUUAUUGGCCGGGCGUUUACAGCUACGCUUGGUUGUCCGGCGACCACUGGGCCAACCCGCAGGCCUGGCUCCACGAGCUGGGCCACAACUACUACCUGCGCCACGCCGCCACCUCGGAAUGCGAGUACUGUGACGACACCUGCGCCAUGGGUUUCUGCUGCACCAGCCGCUGCUUCAACGCGCCCCACAUGUGGCAGGUUGGCUGGGACAGCCCCGCACAAACGCUUGACAGCUCCAGCCUACGCCCCGGUCAAACCGUGGGCCUGAACCUCAAGUACCAGCGCCGCACCACCCCGCCCGCGACUAGCUCGGGUUCCUUCAUGCGUAUCAACGCAGCAUGGGCCGCUGCGGGCGAUGGGGCUGAGUCCGGCAUCAGCCCGCCAUCCAUUUGGGUCGGCUACCGUCAAUCCGCCGAUUCGUACGACAUUCUUCCCGCGGAUCUGAACAGCAAUGUGAGUAUCUACUGGUACCCGGGUGCUUCGCCGCUGGAUGCGACGGUUUCCGUGCGGCUGGCCUCGCUUGCACCGGGAGGCACCUGGCGCAGCAGCUCGCCCCUGAACCUCAGUGUGCUCUGGACCGCGCGGGUUUCCGUCAAGACGAGUGUUCGGGCAGAUCUGAAGGUCUGCCGCUUCACUGACACAGUUGAGAAUGUUGCAGACACCUGCUGGGACGGUUUGGACAAUGAUUGCGAUGGCCUGGUAGACUUUGACGACCCGGAUUGUUCCUACGACUACUCGUCACCACCAGUUCAGAUCUCAUCAACGUCGCCCCCACCACCGCCUCCAAUCCCCUCGUCGCCCCCGCCGCCGCAGCAAGUACCGCCUCCUCCACCACCGCCGCCAUCACCACCGCCGCCGCCGCUUCCUACCACCACCUCCAUACCCGGCUCUCCCACUUGGACUGGAGAAAGACCGGCCCCUCCUCCCGCCAGCAUUCCCCUUCCUGACACUCCCGUUGCCAUAAACCUACCACCCGCAUACUCUGGUGGGGAAGCCACAUCUCCCACGCCUUCGCCCACGCUGCAACCGUUGCGCCAACCGCCUGCUAUGCCCAGCCACAACGGCCUCACCAAUCCGCCCCCUUUGGCAACCCCUGCAACCCCCGCUCCUUCUUCGCCCGCUACUGGAGGACGUAGCGGGCAGGCAACGACCGACCCCACCCCUGAGCCCGUAGACCUAACCCCCGUGAGCUCGCCAGGGGGUUCCAGUUCCGCCAACUCUCCUACCGGUACCACCGAUGGAGCCUCGCACCCAAGUCCGCAACCAUCGCCCGCGCCGGCUGUGGUGGUGCCGCCAUCUGCGGUCCCAACCAUGGAGCAGGCCCCUCCUCCAGUCUACGGAUUGGCAAAGAGGGGGAAGCGGUAGCCAGCAGCUUUGCAGUUGCCGCAGCAGCAAACCAGGCACAGCGAUGUGCCCACACUGUGACGCUGCGGGCUAAUGGUCAGCGCGGCGACUUGGGGGUUUGACGUCUGCGAGUGCCUGCACAAAGUGAAAUCUGCAGGAGGGAGGGAUUAGUAGGGGGCGGGUGCGAAAAAUGCUUGCGGCUUGAAGAAUCGACUAAUGAGUCAACCCGAAACAGGCGCUACAAUGUGCUGUGUGCGCCCAAUUAACAAGGACGGUUUAAAUAUGCGUGUGUUCGAGCGGGGGGUGCAGGUGCUUGUGCUUUCGUGAACUCUCGACCAGGCGUGCGCAUGCCAUGCUUUUUUUGCGCGCAGUAGUGGGGUUGAAAUGCCAAGGCGCGCUAGUUCAUAGCCCCAAAGACGGGCCUGCUGCCUGUAGCUAUCGCCUGAUGCGGAGGUAGUAACUGCGAUAAGCCGGGCCGUGUGUUCGUUGCGUGGUAAUGUUUGGUAUGUACCUAGGGGUUCGUUGCUGUCCUCGCAAGCUUGGGAAGUGGGCUUCCGGGCUUGAACCAGUCAAUUUACAUGUGACAUUUCUGGGUUUUGACUUUUUUAGUGGUGCUGGGACUCUUCCGUACCCUGCAUUCCUCGUGAGAGGAGCUGCCUUGCGACUCUUGAUAACACAAAUAGCCGCGCCGCAUUUGCCCCGGGGGCCUUUGCGAUCACUACCAGGAUAUUUCGCAUCUCGCAGUGCUUAUUCCAAUAACUGCUGUACAUUUGGUUGGUUGGCUUCCCGUGAUGCCAACAAAUGCAUGAGCGGUUUUUGCGCUGUGAAACGCUAAUCUGCAUGGGUGUAGUGGGGAUAUAAUUCUUGGCGCGGUUGGCGUUCGGGAGUAGGGAGUGGGGGAAAGCGUUGGCAGCAGCAUGUGGGCAUUCAUUGCAGGUGAGAGACGGGAGGCAUGCUAGUCGCUCGCGUGACCCACUACUUCAUGGGCAGUGGUGGUGUUGGUGGUGGUGCUAAAUCUUUUCAGUCAACGCUGCGCACCCGCUUGUAUGUUGGGUCUCACUGCUAAACUGCUGGGAAACUCGUUGGCUCUUUGCCCAACAAAAAGGGAGAGUUGGGUAAUAAUGCUAGCUGUCGGUGUGCCCUUUUAUGUUAUGUGCUGGCGGCAUGGGUUACACCUACCAAGCUACCAGCAGCUUGGAGCUUGUGUGCCAGAGAGUGUGCGCCAGGGCGCUAUGUUGGGUUGUUUGGACUACCGUAUCUGUUGUUGCGCUAGCCAGAGUUUUAGAGAGGGCACCAUGUUUGGACCUCUAGGCAGGAUUGUCUGCAGGUUGUGCCGGGACAUAGUUUUUGUUGUAGAGAACUUCUGUGACGCGUAUUCAUUUUUUAUGGCUGGCUUAGCACAGCCGUACGACGAAUGAGAUUACCCAGGACCGAGGGCGGGCGGUGCAUUCGUCGCCUAUAGCCUCGUCCGUGAUUAUCUAUCGGCAUGAGGAAUGAAGUUAUGCCGCUGGUUGGCAGUACAUAAGCAGCUAUGUCACAUAAACUGCUAAGCAUGGUUGUCGAAGCGUUUUUGCCGUACAGUGGGCCCCAUCCCGUCAUAGACUGUGCUCGGUGCGGCUGGUUGCCGGUAAUACUUAUUUGGGCGCGUUUUGUAUGACAAGUUGUUGCUUUCGGGCAGCUUUUGUGCAAAUGGUGGGGAUCGCUGCAAGCCCGUCAUCACCUUGCUGUAAGUCAGACGCGGUUA